AUGAAAGGUCGGAUACUAGGCCAUCCAAUCACCCAGGCCCGGACCGCGGAUCGAUCCGGAGCCAGCAAAUCGGCCCAAAUCUGCCUACCACAGUUCUUGACAGGGAGCGGUGGCCCGACGGCGGCCUGCAAUCGGGCCGCCCGUCCCGACUGUUCAACUCUCCAAUCCAUAGUCGCACGAGUCUCACCAAGGUUUAGCAGGGUCGGGGCUGGUCGGUUUGCCCGGCAAACACCUCGCCGGGCUGCGGUCGAGCUGCAGUGGUGGUGUACCUCGCUCCGUCUUUUGAUAUUAUCGCCGCAGUCUACAAUCCAGUCUCGUGUCGAACGCCGUGCCGAGGUUGGGCGACAUUCUCUUCAGAAAGUGGGUUUCAUGAACGUGUCCAUCUCCGAAGCUGUGAGGGCACCACUUUUGCCUCUUACCGGCAGCGCAGCCGAGGUGGGGAAAGUCCACGGCGCGGCGGUAACGUAG